AUGUAAUAAACUCAUCUAAGCGAAGAAAUCAAUAACUUAGACAUGUAACCCGCCUAUUUUAAGGCGUCAAGCAUCCCAAUGGAUAAUAUCCCAGUCUGUGGCUUUCCCGCAUACACAUCAGACGGAAAUUUAGGUCAAGGACUGGAAAAGUCGUCCCAACCUAAAUAAGAGAUUAGGUUUCAUCACCAGUUGUGAAAAUGUCGUUAAAGGCAUAUGAAGAUGCGUGUAUUCGGGCGGAACUGUUUGGGCAGCCCAAGCCUGACAAAGACGAAUUUUUAGAAAAACAUAAACACUUGGAUAUAGUCGAAUUUGAAGAAGUGGAUAUCAAGACCACCAUCAGUGAGAAUACGGCUAUGCUAGAUGAAAAUAUCCAGCAAACUGGUGGUGGUCUCAACGAGUUAAAUUCUAUUUUAAAUUCUACGCAAACGAAAAUUAAUCGACUUAAGGGCGUCUGCGGUAGCUUAACUAACUUCUUCCGAGUUAAACUAUCAGCGAAAGACAACUUAUCCUACUCCAGCGAACAGAGUUACGUCGGCCAAACAAACUACGACAAAGAUUCUGUCCCAGCCAGGACUGAACUUGGCUCUAUAAACCAGGACCUUGGUCCCGGUGAUAACGAGAUGACGCCGCGCGCGGGAAAUUCACAAGAUGGCGGCAAUCUAAACAACGCCUUAGACGAUUUGAAAACGAUGCAGAAAAACGACUCCACGGCCGCGGCUUUUAAGGAAGCGGGAGCUAUGGUGAAGGGCCUCUUCAGCCGAGAGACCCUACGAUGAAGAUACCAGAUGGAAGAUUUGUAGAAGGUAAAGGUAUGUCGACGCCUGAUCGUAAGACCAGGCAGGUCGUGAAAUUCCUAGGCAUAUCGUUAAACGUGAAAAUCUUUGUCUUGCUCCCUGAGCAGACAUAGCCCUAUUUUUGGAGAGUUUGCCUUUCGGGCAACCUAACGAACCUAUCCUACCACCUAUAUUGGUUUAAUGUGACUACCGUCAAAACAUUACACAGGAACAUUACGAUUUGCCUGAUUUUACGAUCGGCCGCCGACAUGGACAUAUUGUAUCCCCUGUGCGCCCAAAUUUGACGAAUGCGCCGCGAAUACACUGCGCCUUUUGUGAUUCAGUCGCACUGCACUGAUACAAUAUUGCGAUAGGAUAAAUAGUGCCAAGUUAAAGAAAAUGUGAAUACACUUCUUGACAAUAUUACAAUUAAUUAAAAAUGUAUAUAAAUAAUUAUACCUACUAAUCUUUAAUCUUGAUGUUCUAGAAUCUUGUUACCCUUGUAUCUUGUCUAUUGCUAAAUUUCGCUUUUCUUCCAUGUUGUUGAAUCCUUUAAAACUAAGUAUUUUAUUUACCUAGUUAAACGUGGAAAUUACAUAAUCAAAACAUGCAAUAAGUCUAAUUUACUUUAAGAUUAUACAUUCAAGCAAUUGCCAUGUAAUAUAGGUACCUAGUGCAAUAUUAUCUUCUUGUAAAUGAAAUGGUAAGUAUGUACCUACUUAUUUACAUAUUGAAUACGAAUUACUCAAAGGAAAUAAAGCACAGUGUUGCCAACUCGGAUUUUGAAAAAAAUCUAGACUAAUGUCUAGAUUAUGCCAAAAUUAUGCCAAAGUUUUUUGAAAUAUAUGCUAAACAAAUGCUACAAUCAUCAAUGCUACAAAAUCAGAGGUCAAUUUAACCGAAUAAAUUUGCCAUUAAAAAAAAUCAUAAGUACAUAUAUAGUCCGUCGACGUUCAUCCGCCCUCAAAAGCAAAAAAUAAUGUGAAAAUAUGUACCACAUAAGGCGAUAGCGCAUAUUGUUGUUGCCAAGUUCGUGAAAACUUGGCUUGGACUAAAUAAUGCUAAAAAAUAUGCCAGAUUAGUAUCUGGCAAAAUGGAAAAUUUUGGUGCCAUAGCGAGUGAAAAUAUGCCAGAUCUGGCAUUCAAUGUUUAUGCCAAGUUGGCAGCACUGAUAAAGGACGAGGUUAAGCAAAAAGUAUUACUAUAAGUACUUAACUAAUACCUACGCUUAAUGUCAGUGCUUGUUGGUCACCGUUUAGUACCUAUCUACCUAACCUAUACCUAAAUUACUUGCAAAUAUUGCCCACAAAGGGCCCGGUACAUACCGUGGGUCCGAGGCCGCAUACGGCACUUCUGCCCUAUUAAUUCAAAUAUGUAUUUCCUUUACAAUGAUGAACCUCGACAAACACUGUCAUUUUUAAGUUUAUGUAACAUAUAAGUAAUAUAUUCACUUCUACUUGAUAUUGGGCCUUCAAAAAUGAUUCUUACAUUUUCAAUAAAAAGGAUUCAAAAACGUAAUUUGUUGUUAAGCAUUGUGAUACACGGACGUUUGGU